UGCUGAUGAGAGUCUGUAUCCAUUUGGAUUAAAAUACCCACGCGGCUUGUGACUAACACCGGAGGGGGUACAACGGAAUACCAGGUACCUAUUAUACCAUUUCUCUGGUGAAGGCUAUUCAGCAGUGGUGACCUCUUCCAAUCGAACACUCCACAAAUUAUUAUCUCUGGACUCCCAGCUGACACCCUGCCGGAGGCUAGAGCUACUAAGCCAACUGGAACUGUGCCCGUUCUCCUGUCAAGGUUUUUUUCUUACAGAGGAAAAAGAAAGAAAAAAAAAAGAUGAAGUUGGGCAAAGUGGAGUUCUGCCAUUUUUUGCAGAUAAUAGCUCUUUUCCUGUGUCUUUCUGGGAUGAGUCAAGCAGAACUCUCAAGGUCCAGGUCAAAGCCCUAUUUCCAGGCAGGGAGGCCGAGGACCAAGCGCAGCUGGGUGUGGAAUCAGUUCUUUGUGCUGGAGGAAUAUAUGGGUUCAGAUCCUCUUUAUGUAGGAAAGCUUCACUCUGAUGUUGAUAAAGGAGAUGGCUCCAUCAAAUACAUCUUGUCAGGCGAAGGGGCAAGUUCCAUUUUCAUUAUUGAUGAGAACACUGGGGAUAUUCAUGCUACAAAGAGGCUGGAUCGGGAGGAGCAGGCCUACUACACGCUACGAGCACAAGCACUAGAUAGGCUGACUAAUAAACCUGUGGAACCAGAGUCGGAAUUCGUCAUUAAGAUUCAGGAUAUCAACGACAAUGAGCCAAAAUUUUUGGAUGGCCCAUAUACUGCAGGCGUGCCUGAAAUGUCUCCUGUGGGAACCUCGGUGGUACAAGUAACAGCUACGGAUGCAGAUGAUCCUACUUACGGCAACAGCGCCCGAGUGGUUUACAGUAUUCUGCAGGGACAGCCAUACUUUUCUGUGGAGCCAAAGACAGGUGUCAUCAAGACUGCCCUUCCCAACAUGGAUAGAGAGGCUAAAGACCAGUAUUUGCUUGUAAUUCAAGCAAAGGAUAUGGUUGGGCAAAAUGGAGGACUCUCAGGGACUACGUCUGUCACAGUCACCCUAACUGAUGUCAACGAUAAUCCACCCCGCUUUCCAAGAAGGUCUUACCAAUACAAUGUCCCAGAGUCAUUGCCUGUGGCAUCAGUGGUGGCCCGAAUUAAAGCUGCUGAUGCUGAUGUGGGACCAAAUGCAGAAAUGGAAUACAAGAUUGUGGAUGGUGAUGGCCUGGGAGUUUUCAAAAUUUCUGUUGACAAAGAUACACAGGAAGGAAUCAUAACUAUUCAGAAGGAGCUGGAUUAUGAAGCCAAGACGAGCUAUACGCUGCGCAUAGAAGCUGCCAAUAAGCAUGUUGAUCCUCGCUUCCUGAGCCUGGGACCCUUCAGUGAUAUGACAACAGUGAAGAUAAUUGUGGAAGACGUGGAUGAGCCCCCUGUGUUUAGCUCCCAUUUAUAUUCCAUGGAGGUAUCUGAAGCUACCCAAAUUGGCAAUAUCAUUGGAACUGUAACGGCACACGACCCAGAUUCUUCAAACAGUCCUGUUAGGUACUCAAUAGAUAGAAACACAGAUUUGGAGAGAUAUUUCAACAUUGAUGCCAACAGUGGAGUCAUUACAACUGCCAAGUCUUUGGACCGGGAGACAAAUGCUGUUCAUAACAUCACAGUACUGGCAAUGGAAAGUCAGAAUCCAUCUCAAAUAGGAAGAGGCUAUGUGGCCAUCACUAUAUUGGACAUCAAUGACAAUGCCCCUGAAUUUGCCAUGGAUUAUGAGACCACUGUCUGUGAAAAUGCCCAACCUGGUCAGAUUAUCCAGAAAAUCAGUGCAGUUGAUAAAGAUGAGCCAUCCAAUGGUCACCAGUUUUACUUCAGCUUAACAGCUGAUGCAGCAAAUAAUCACAAUUUUUCCUUAAAGGACAACAAAGAUAACACUGCUUCAGUACUCACCAGGAGAAAUGGAUUCCGGAGACAAGAACAGUCUGUUUACUAUCUGCCAAUUUUUAUCGUGGACAGUGGUUCUCCUUCCCUUAGCAGUACCAACACUCUCACCAUCCGAGUAUGUGACUGUGAUGCGGAUGGCAUAGCUCAAACGUGUAAUGCAGAGGCAUACAUUUUACCUGCAGGACUUAGCACGGGAGCCCUUAUAGCAAUCCUUGCCUGUGUCCUGACAUUAUUAGUAUUGGUCCUUAUGAUUGUCACAAUGAGAAGACGGAAAAAAGAGCCACUGAUUUUUGAUGAGGAGAGGGAUAUUAGAGAAAAUAUUGUCCGGUAUGAUGAUGAAGGUGGUGGUGAAGAGGACACAGAGGCUUUUGACAUGGCUGCUUUGAGAAACCUGAAUGUCAUCCGAGAUACCAAGACCCGAAGGGAUGUGACACCAGAAAUUCAGUUCUUAAGUCGACCAACUUUUAAAAGUAUCCCUGAUAACGUCAUUUUUAGGGAAUUUAUUUGGGAAAGAUUAAAAGAAGCUGAUAUAGAUCCCUGUGCUCCUCCUUAUGAUUCUCUACAGACAUAUGCCUUUGAGGGAAAUGGUUCAGUAGCUGAGUCACUCAGUUCUUUAGAUUCCAUCAGCUCAAACUCUGAUCAGAAUUAUGAUUAUCUCAGUGACUGGGGGCCUCGUUUUAAAAGACUUGCAGAUAUGUAUGGAACUGGCCAGGAUGGCUUAUACUCAUAGCCUUGGGACCUUAAUAGGAAAUGCACUGAAGAGAAACAAACAAACAAAAAAAGAACAAACACAAACUCUACUUAUUGGAUUUAAAAAGGGUGUAAAUAUUUCUCCAUUUUUAACUGUUUAGGUUUUGCCUUGGUGAAGCAUAUCUUCAUUAGACUUGUCCUAGGGACUGCACUGACCACAGAUGCUGAGCAUUUGAAGGCAUUUUGAUAAAAGGAAAUGCUCAGACAUAUUCAAAUAGAUAGCAAUCCUUAUAUACCUGCAAAGGCAACUAACCCUUUCUGAAUCAGUAGUGCACUGUGAUCUUGAUGAGCCAGUGAUAACCCUGUAAAUGCCUUCCCAGUACCAGUAUGUCUAGAUGUAAAGUUUAUCUCUCAGAUAUAAUGAAUGAAAGAAAAAAUGUGGUGCCAGUCUAAGGAGUCUUAGUUCUUUAUACCAAAUCUUUUAGAGUGAUACCUGCAGCUUACUGGCUCAUGACAUCUAGCAGAACUUUAUUGCUUUUGACUAAAGAAUCCAAAAUUACCAGAAAUAUUUGCAAAUGCCUAGCUAGGUACUCAUUGCCUCAGUCUAUUCAUCCCACCAAAACACAAGUACUCUAGCAUAUGCCAUCAUAAUUUAUACUUUUAAAAAAGAAAGAAAAAAAUUAUAGUAUCUUGCAAGAAAAUAAUUUAUGAAAUGGUCAAAAUAAGAACUGGGGGAAAAAUUCUCAAAAUUAAAAACCAUCCUUAGAUGCCUGUGUAGGUAUGGGGGGGAAAUUGCUGUCUAUUCAGUUUUUAUUAUCUCUUCUGAUUUGUACAGGAGAAUUUAUCUUUUUUUUUUUUGACACAUGGUGUUAUAUUUAUUUUGGAGCCCAAUCUCCACAAAAUUCAGGUCCAUUUUACUGCCUCACAGUAUUAAACUCAUCAGAACAUGCUGAUUUUUCUCCAGUCUCAGCUACAUGAAGGAAAUGAAGCAUAGAAAUGAAAAAAUUACAGUAAAGCAACUGAGCCCCACAGUCGUUCAUGUCUCAGAAAGGAACACAGCUACAAGGGCAUACAAUUGUUCUUCUGAGCCAUUAGAAUGUCUGAAACAUUUGAAUAAAGUAUUUGUACCUUGUAUUUUGGAAAGAAGACUACAGAGGGAAUGGGGAGUAUCUUUGAAUGGAAGAUUGAAUUUUCGAGGUCAUAAGUUCCCUAUGCUCCUAAGACUUACAAGAACUUGUUUUCCCCUAGCGCUGCCCUGCUUUGCUGUUGAAGCACUUCAGUUAAAGACUGCUUGAAAUUUCUUUCCUAUGUUAAAAAACAUAAUGCUAUUAACUUCAGAAUCCGUCUUUAAAUCGUGAUGCAAAUAAGUAAGUUCCCCAAGGAAUUAACUUCACAAUGCAUAAUUUCUGUACUGGUCUGGGAGUGCCAAAAUGAGGAGGAUGAUUGCAGAUGGUCAAAAUAUUGUAUAAUUUUGAAAUAGGAUUUCUUAGAAUAAGACAACUUUUUUAUGAUUCCAAUAAUAUUUAUACCUAUGAGCUUUCAUGGUUUAAUACUAGUUUAUGAUGCAUUUAAUCAAUUAAGGAAAUUUUUUUUCUCCCUCUAUUUUAAAAAGAUUGGUAGUUGAGUUACUAAUAAAUCUGGAGAUAGUGGGCACUGUGUAAAAAAUGGUGUUCUAAAAGUUUCUUUCUAUAUGAAAUAUAAAUAUGUUGAGUACAUAUGAGAAAAAAGGUGUCUAUGAAAAGAGUCUGUAAUUUUUGCAGCCCACCAUUAUAAAUGAAGUAUGUGAAAGUGGCCUUCAGCUUCAUCAAAAUAAACAAUUCAACAAAUUUAAUUAUCUGAAAAUUUCUUUAAUUUUGGUAAAAUUUUACAAGACAGUCAUUUAAUG